UCCUACCCUACUCAUUUUCUUUUGCUGACUUUUAUAUGAUUUAAACACUGUUGUUUCUGCUCUCAAUCUAAUUCAAAUUGCACCAAGAUACACAAGAAAAAAAUAAUCAUAAAACUAAUUCUGAUCUAGUUUAAAAAGUCAGAAGGUUGAAUGUAGCUAAAAAAUAUGGCAACUUAUUCAUCAUGUGCAAGAAAACUACUUGUUGUCUACUACUUGUUCAUCAUUUCGUCUUGUCGCAUAUUUAAUUCUUCAUAUGGAAGAGAUUUAAAUCCCGAUUUCCGAGUUAAAGCUAUUAAUCUUGGUGGUUGGCUUCUUACUGAAGGAUGGAUUAAACCUUCUCUUUUUGAUGGCAUCCCCAACAAAGAUUUUUUGGACGGAACUGGACUUCAAUUCAAAUCAGUUACAAUGGGAAAAUAUUUGUGUGCUGAAUUAGGGGGAGGAACAAUUAUUGUUGCUAACUUUACAGAUGCUACUGGAUGGGAAACAUUCAAAAUUUGGAGGAUAAAUAGUACCAGUUUUACAAAUGUAAAAACGGAGGAGCUUGUAGCAGCUGACAAUGAAGGUAAUGGGGGAUGGGGUGAUGAUGAUCCCUCUGUUUUCAUCUUGCAAACUAGUGGAAAAUUUGAAGGAGAAUUCCAAAUAACUAAUGGCUAUGGUUCAGUCAUGGCACCAAAAGUUAUGAGAGAACAUUGGAGUACAUUUAUUGUAGAAGAAGACUUCAAAUUCAUAGCAAGCAAUGGACUGAAUGCAGUAAGAAUUCCAGUUGGAUGGUGGAUUGCAAGUGACCCAACACCUCCAAAGCCCUAUGUUGGAGGCUCGUUGCAAGUCUUAGACAAUGCCUUUCUCUGGGCUAGGAAAUACAAACUUAAAGUUAUAAUAGAUCUGCAUGCUGCACAUGGUUGUCAAAAUCCCAAUGAGCGCAGUGCCAAUAGAGAUGGUACUAUAGAAUGGGGAAAAACCGAUGACACCAUUCAACAGACAGUUGCAGUCAUUGACUUCCUGAAAGCCAGGUAUGCGAAGAAUCCAAGCCUUUAUGCAGUAGAGUUAAUCAAUGAGCCACAAGCCCCUGAAGUUACAUUAGACAUGAUUAAAAAAUUCUACAAAGCUGGAUACAAUGCUGUCCGCAAACAUUCUCCUACAGCAUAUGUUGUGAUGUCCAACAGAUUAGGACCUGUUGAUCCUACAGAGCUUUUGUCAUUUGCCAGUGGCUUAAAGGGAUCUGUGAUUGAUGUUAAUCACUACAGCCUUUUCUCUGACAUGUUCAAUAACAUGUCUGUCCAGCAAAAUCUUGAUUAUGUCAACACCAACCGUUCUGCUCAACUCAACACCAUCACCCAAUCUAAUGGCCCUCUCACUUUUGUUGGAGAAUGGGUUGCUGAAUGGCAACUUAAAGAUGCAACAAAGGAGGAUUACCAAGAGUAUGCCAAGGCUCAAUUGGAAGUGUUCGGACGUGCAACAUUUGGUUGGGCUUAUUGGACACUAAAAAAUGUGAUCAAUCAUUGGAGUAUGGAGUGGAUGAUCAAGAAUGGCUAUAUCACGCUUUAAUUUUUGAAAAAUUACAUGAUAAGAAAAA